AUGGGAAGGCUGGCCUUUUGUGAAGGUGACAAGUUUCAAGAGGCUUAUUUGUUUAUGAUUGAUUGUGAGAAUAAUAAAGUUGGGAAGCCGGAUGCUGUUUUGGUUGAAUUGGCUAAGGAAGUUGGGGCGGAUGCGGUUUAUGCUCACAGAGAGGUUUCUCAUGAGGAGGAGAAGAUUGAGGGUGUGAUGGAAAAGGAGAGUAUUUCUCACAUCACAAACAUUAUCAUCAAUCUUCCGUCAACAGUAGCAGCUUACGUACGCGAGCGGUAUUCCACCAAUCAUACAGCAACUUCAACACCUUUGCUUUGA